GGCCAAGAAGUUAGGGCGAUCCGGGGUUGUGGGUCGUCUCCUUGAAAGCCAGUAGGAGGUGCCCCUCGAUGAGAGGUUGGAGUGAGGAAUCGCCUUCACAAGAGUCGGCCCAGGGUCCCGGGGUACACAAUGCUUCGCCUGCCAGGCACCCCCUCUGAAGUUGAGGGAGAUGGGAACUUGUAGUCUGCGCGCCCUGAUUGCUCCUCCAAGGGAGGCCCGCGCGGGGAGAUGCUCGAGCCCCACGCGCUGCCUGUCCUCCAGGAGAGCUGCCCAGAGCAGGGAAACUGUAGGGAGCUCUUGAGACUGUAACGGAUCCUGGAUGAGAGCGAAGGAGGGACCUGCUUCCACCUGCUUUAGCUGGAGGAUUGCGCCUUGCAGGUGUCUCCCUCUGGAUACUACCUGGAUCCCGAGCUGUCCCUGGAAGAGCAGCGGGAAAUGUUGGAGGGCUUCUAUGACGAGCUCAGCAAAGGCCGGAAGCCCACGCUGAUCCUGCGAACUCAGCUCUCUGUGAGGGUCAAUGCUAUCUUGGAAAAAUUGUAUGGCUCCAGCGGCCCAGAGCUCCGCCGCUCACUCUUCUCACUGAAGCAGAUCUUCCAGGAAGACAAGGACCUGGUGCCUGAGUUUGUGCACUCGGAAGGGCUGAGUUGCCUGAUCCGUGUGGGUGCUGCUGCAGACCACAACUACCAGAGCUACAUCCUCCGAGCAUUGGGCCAGCUGAUGCUAUUUGUAGAUGGGAUGCUGGGGGUGGUGGCCCAUGGAGAGACCGUGCAGUGGCUGUACACGCUGUGCGCCAGCCUGUCCCGACUUGUGGUGAAGACAGCCCUGAAGCUGCUGCUGGUAUUUGUGGAAUACGCGGAGAGCAACGCGCCACUGCUCAUCAGGGCAGUCACUUCAGUGGCCAGCACCACAGGUACUCUUCCCUGGGCCAACCUGGUGUCCAUCCUGGAGGAGAAAACUGGCACCGACGCAGAGCUCUUGGUGUACACGGUCACCCUCAUCAACAAGACGCUGGCUGCGCUCCCUGACCAGGACUCUUUCUAUGAUGUGACCGAUGCACUGGAGCAGCAGGGCAUGGAGGCCCUGGUCCAACGCCUGCUGAGCACUGCAGGCACAGACGUGGACCUGCGCACUCAGCUCCUGCUCUACGAGAGCGCCCUGCGGUUGGAGGAUGGAGACUUGGAAGAAGCUGCAGCCACUGCAGCUGCAGGUGGGCGGCGGGAGCGACGGAAGCCGUCUUCAGAGGAGGGCAAGAGGAGCCGCAGAUCUCUGGAAGGCGGGGGUUGUCCUGUGCGUGCCCCAGAACCUGGUUCCACAGGCUCCGCCUCACCGACAGGCUCCUGCUCCUCCAUCACUGGCCCCACCCCACCGACAGGCCCCACCUCGCCAACAAGCCCCUCCUCCAUCACUGGCCCCGCCUCUAGCUCCACAGGCCCCGCCUCACCAAGAGGCUCCUCCUCCAGCUCCACAGGCCGCUUCUCGCCGACAGGCCCCGCCUCCAGCCCUGUGAGCCCUACUUCUGGAUUCCGAACCUCAGUGAACCUGUUCCCUACCAUUUCCGUGGCACCCUCAGCCGACAGCUCUGGCGAGAGGAGUGUCUACAAAGCCCGGUUCCUGGAGAAUGUGGCAGCAGCGGAAACAGAGAAGCAGGCUGCUUUAGCCCAGGGCCGGGCAGAAGCACUGGCUGGGGCCGUGCCUGAUGAGUCGGAUGGGCACCUAGGUUCCCGAGAACGACAGGACUCUCGCGAGGUAGCCCCUCCACCUAGAACACCCCAGAGCCCUACCCCCCGGGCCCUGCUCCGGGUCCAACGGAGCCUGGAGUCAGAGCCCAAGGAGCCCCUGACCCUACCAAGCCCCAAGGACGAGCCCUUCCAGGCAUUCCCUGCCCGUGUCCCCAAGCUCUGUAUCGGGGACCUGGACUUCUCAGAUUUGGGCGAGGAUGAGGAUCAAGACAUUUUAAAUGUGGAGUCUGUGGACGUGGGGAAAGGCGUCCCACCCCCACCCCUACUCUCUGGAGGCCCCCCACCUCCUCCCCCUCCCCCUCCCCCACUCUCUGGAGGCCCCCCACCUCCUCCCCCUCCCCCACCCCUCAAAGGCUCCUUCCCACCACCUCCACCCCUGACUGCCCCGCCUCCCCCCUCAGUGCCUGAUGGCCUAGUCCUCCCCACCAAGAGGAAGACAGUGAAGCUCUUUUGGCGGGAGCUGAAGCUGGCUGGGGGCUGCAGGGGCUCUGGCAGCCGCUUUGGGCCCUGCCCCACCCUAUGGGCCUCCUUGGAGCCCGUGUCUGUAGACACAGCCCGGCUGGAACACCUGUUUGAAUCCCGCGCCAAGGAUGUGCUUCCCUCCAAGAAAGCUGGAGAAGGCCGCCGAACGAUGACCACAGUGCUGGACCCCAAGCGCAGCAAUGCCAUCAACAUUGGUCUAACCACACUGCCACCAGUUCAUGUCAUUAAGGCUGCCCUGCUCAACUUUGAUGAAUUUGCUGUUAGCAAGGAUGGCAUUGAGAAACUACUGACCAUGAUGCCCACGGAGGAAGAGCGGCAGAAGAUUGAGGAAGCCCAGCUGGCCAACCCUGACGUACCACUGGGCCCAGCUGAGAAUUUCCUGAUGACUCUCGCCUCCAUUGGGGGCCUGGCUGCCCGUCUCCAACUCUGGGCCUUCAAGCUAGACUACGACAGCAUGGAGCGGGAAAUUGCAGAACCGCUAUUUGACCUCAAAGUAGGAAUGGAGCAGCUGGUGCACAAUGCCACCUUCCGCUGCAUCCUGGCUACCCUGCUGGCUGUGGGCAACUUCCUCAAUGGCUCUCAAAGCAGUGGCUUUGAGCUGAGCUACCUGGAGAAGGUGUCCGAAGUGAAGGACACGGUGCGCCGGCAGUCACUGCUGCACCAUCUCUGCUCGCUGGUCCUCCAGAGCCGACCUGAGUCCUCUGACCUCUACUCAGAAAUCCCUGCCCUGACUCGCUGUGCCAAGGUGGACUUUGAGCAACUGACUGAGAACUUGGGGCAGCUGGAGCGCCGGAGCCGGGCAGCUGAGGAGAACCUGCGGGGCCUGGCCAAGCACGAGCUGGCCCCCGCACUGCGUGCCCGCCUCACACACUUUCUGGCACAGUGUGGCCGCAGGGUUGCCAUGCUACAGGUGGUACACCGGCGUGUCUGCAACAGGUUCCAUGCCUUCCUGCUCUACCUGGGCUACACGGCACAGGCAGCCCGUGAGGUGCGCAUCAUGCAGUUUUGCCACACACUGCGCGAGUUUGCACUUGAGUACCGCACUUGCCGGGAACGGGUGCUGCAGCAGCAGCAGAAGCGGGCCACGUACCGUGAGCGUAACAAGACCCGGGGACGCAUGAUCACAGAGACAGAGAAGUUCUCCGGCGUGGCUGGGGACGUACCCAGCCACCCAUCUGUCCCAGUGGCCGUGGGCAGCGGGCCUGGCCCAGAUGAUGCCGACAGUCAUGCCAGCAUGAAGAGCCUGCUGGUCAGCAGGCCUGAGGACACCACGCACAACCGCCGAAGCAGAGGCAUGGUGCAGAGCAGCUCCCCAGUGGCACCCACAGUGGUGGGAUCACCCACUGCACCUCCAGAGGAACCGCCAGGCUCCAGUGACCCUUCAGAUGAGAUCAUGGACAGGCUGGUGCAGUCAGUAACCAGGAGCAGUCCGCGUGUCGUGGCUGCUAAGGAGCGCAAGCGUUCCCGUGGCAACCGCAAGUCCUUGAGACGGACGCUGAAAAGUGGGCUGGGAGAUGACCUGGUGCAGGCACUGGGACUCAGCAAGGCUUCUGGCCUGGAGGUCUGAAGGCACUGCCUCCAGGAGAUGCAUCGGGACUCUUGCCUGUUGGAGGUCCUGGCUUGCAGGAGCGAGGAAGGCCCAGAGCAUUAUUCUGGCCCUAGGACUCUAGGCCCAGGGGCCAGUACCUUGAGCAGUAUUAGCCGUGUGUGUGUGAAUGUGUGUGUGUAUUCACGCUCAGAACUCACAGGCCAAAAUAAAGUUUUCUUAGCUAA